AUGAAGCGUCUACCACAGUUCGUGGCCUACGUGAGCCAACGUGACAAGCAUUAUCCAGUUUUGACCGUGAAGGAGACGCUCGAGUUCGCUCACAAGUUUUGCGGCGGUGAACUGUCGAGACGAGGUGAAGAGCUGCUCUCGAAGGGUUCACCACAGGAAAACCUGGAGGCUCUUGAAGCAGCUAAAGCUGUAUUCGAGCAUUAUCCGGAAGUCAUCAUCGAGCAGCUCGGGCUGCAGAAUUGCCAGGAUACCAUUGUUGGUGAUGCCAUGACCCGUGGUGUAUCUGGUGGUGAACGCAAGCGUGUGACGACCGGAGAGAUGGAGUUUGGUAUGAAGUACGUGACGCUCAUGGAUGAGAUCAGUACGGGUCUUGACAGUGCCGCCACGUUCGAUAUCAUCAGCACUCAGCGUAGCGUAGCUCACAAGCUGCGAAAGACCGUCGUCAUCGCUCUGUUGCAGCCGUCUCCGGAGGUGUUCGCGCUGUUCGACGACCUCAUGAUCAUGAACGAGGGUCAGGUGAUGUACCACGGACCGUGCAAUCAGGUGGAAGAAUACUUCGAGGGCCUGGGCUUCUCGUGCCCACCCGAACGCGAUAUCGCCGACUACCUGUUGGAUUUGGGUACGCCUGAACAAUACCGCUACCAGGUGCAGAACUACCACACCAAGCAGCCUCGCAGUGCCGGUGAGUUCGCAGAGGCGUUCCGUGAGUCACGUAUCCAUCGGGAGACGCUCAACGAGCUGGAGGCUCCACACGAUGAGGAUCUGCUGCACAAUGUAGCGGAAAUCAUCGACCCGACGCCAACGUUUCACCAGUCUGUCGUCGAGAAUACCAUGACGCUACUGCGACGUCAACUCAUGGUGACGUACCGUAACACACCCUUUAUUGUUGGUCGCUUGAUGAUGAUUAUCAUCAUGGGGAUCGUCUUCUCCACCGUCUUCUACGACUUUGACCCGACCCAGGUUGCGGUAGUGAUUGGAGUUCUCUUCGCUACCGUCAUGUUCCUAUCGAUGGGUCAGUCGUCGCAGAUUCCGACAUACCUGGCAGAGCGAGACAUAUUUUACAAACAACGCGGAGCCAACUUCUUCCGUACCGGGUCGUACGUGCUGGCCACAUCGGCCAGUCAGAUCCCGUUGGCAGUCGUCGAGACCAUAAUCUUCGGUUCACUGGUGUACUGGAUCAUCCUGUUAUUGUCAAAUCUAUCCAUGGGCAUGUGGUUCUUCUUCCUGGCAGCUAUCGGCCGCAAUGGUAACAUUGCAACGCCGCUGGGUAUGGUGUCGGUACUGGUGUUCGUUGUUUUCGCUGGUUUCAUCGUCACCAAGAGCCAAAUCCCAGACUACUUUACCUGGGCCCAUUGGAUUAGUCCUAUUACGUGGAGCCUCAAGGCUCUUGCAGUGAAUCAAUAUCGCUCGGACCCCAUGGACGUUUGUGUGUACGAAGGCGUGGACUACUGCGCAACGUAUGGUCUCAAGAUGGGUGAGUACUACCUGGGUCUCUUCGGUAUGGAUACAGAGAAGGAGUGGGUUGCGUACGGCAUUAUCUACACUGCGGCCAUGUACGUGGUGUUCAUGCUCCUGUCGUACUUGGCUCUGGAGUUCAUUCGCUACGAAGUGCCUGAAAAUGUGGACGUGUCAGAGAAGACGGUGGAAGACGAGUCGUACACAAGGCUAGAGACACCCACGAACAAGAACGCAGCUAAUGGCACGGACGGCUAUGUUGUCGACAUUGACAACCGUGAGAAGAACUUCACCCCCGUGACGGUGGCGUUCCAGGACUUGUGGUACUCGGUGCCGGAUCCGCACAACCCGAAGGAGUCGCUGGACUUGCUCAAGCGCAUCAACGGUUUUGCCGUGCCCGGGUCGAUCACUGCACUUAUGGGCUCAUCGGGUGCUGGAAAGACGACAUUGAUGGAUGUGAUUGCCGGCCGUAAGACUGGCGGCAAGAUCACCGGCAAGAUCCUGCUGAACGGCUAUGAGGCGACCGACCUCGCUAUCCGUCGCUGCACGGGUUACUGCGAGCAGAUGGACGUGCACUCGGAGGCAGCUACCAUUCGUGAGGCUUUAACCUUCAGCUCUUUCCUGCGUCAAGACGCCUCGGUCCCGGACGCCAAGAAGUACGACUCGGUGAAUGAAUGUAUCGAGCUUCUUGGUCUGGGAGACAUCGCCGACCAGAUCAUCCGUGGCAGCUCCGUGGAACAGAUGAAGCGUCUGACGAUCGGCGUGGAGCUGGCUGCUCAGCCGAGUGUGAUUUUCCUGGGUGAACCGACAAGUGGUUUGGACGCUCGCUCAGCUAAGUUGAUCAUGGACGGUGUUCGCAAAGUGGCCGACUCUGGCCGUACCAUUAUCUGUACGAUCCACCAGCCGUCGUCCGAAGUGUUCUACCUGUUCGACAGUCUGCUUCUACUCAAGCGUGGUGGCGAGACGGUAUUCUACGGUAACCUGGGCAAGAACUGCCGUAACCUGGUCGACUACUUUGAGGAUAUCCCUGGCGUGGCCCCGCUGCCGAAGGGCUACAACCCGGCCACGUGGAUGCUCGAGUGCAUUGGUGCUGGUGUGGGCAACUCGGCCGGUAACCAGACCAACUUCGUGGACUACUUCAACAAGAGUUCGUACCGCCAGGUGCUCGACAGCGAAAUGGCCAAGGAAGGAGUGACCGUCCCGUCGCCCGACCUGCCCGAGAUGGUGUUCGCCAAGAAGCGCGCGGCCACGUCGGCCACGCAGAUGAAGUUCGUGGUCACCCGUUUUUUCCAGAUGUACUGGCGCACCCCGACGUACAACCUGACCCGUAUGAUCCUGGCCGUCUUCCUGGCGCUGCUAUUCGGACUCGUGUUCGUGGAUGCAGAGUACGAUUCGUACUCUGGUUUGAACUCGGGCGUCGGGAUGAUCUUCCUCGCGACGCUAUUCAACUCAGUGGUGGCGUUCUGUGAGAAUCUCCGCAGAUUCGUUGUCGUGUCGGCAUGCACCUUUCUGUAUUGA